AUGGGGCUUAAAACUGUAUUCACAGAUCAUUCAUUAUUUGGUUUCGCUGAUUUCAACUCGAUUGUGGGUAAUAAACUCCUAAAAUUUACCCUCAGUGAUAUAAGCCAUGUUAUAUGCGUUUCUCAUACCUGUAAAGAGAACACCACGCUACGAGCAUCUCUAGAUCCAAGUGAUGUUUCUGUGAUUCCAAAUGCUGUUAUAUCUGCCGAUUUCGCACCAGACUUUUCUAGAAGUCGAGACAAGUCUCGAGUGACUAUAGUUGUGAUUUCCAGACUCUUUCCUAACAAGGGAGCAGACCUUUUGACAGCGAUAGUUCCACGUAUCUGUGCUGCGGACCCAAACGUAGAUUUCAUAAUUGCGGGUGACGGACCGAAAUUCCUAGACUUGGAGCAAAUGAGAGAAAAAUUCUUCUUACAAGAAAGGGUUUCGCUCAUUGGUGCUGUGAAACAUGAAGAGGUACGAGAUGUCAUGAUUCAAGGCGACAUUUACUUGCAUCCUUCAUUAACCGAGGCAUUUGGAACAGUCAUCGUGGAAGCUGCCUCGUGUGGCUUGUACGUUGUGACUACAAAAGUAGGGGGAAUUCCUGAAGUUCUUCCACACCAUAUGACUUCUUUCGCAAAUCCAGAGGAGGAUUCAUUGGUACUGGCUCUUUCAGGUGCCAUAGAGCUUGUCAAACUGGGUGCAAUUGAUACAUCACAGUUUCAUAAAGAAGUUGCAAAGAUGUAUAGCUGGGCGAACAUUGCAAAGCGAACCGAAAAAGUUUAUCACUCGUUGGAUACGAAACCAAUAAAUAAGCCAUUGCUUGACAGGUUAGGGAACUAUUACUGCUGUGGUGUAAUCGCAGGAAAGCUCUAUGCGUUGUGUGUAAUCGUCGAUAUUAUUUUCCUUAUUAUUUUAGAGUUCUUUUAUCCUGCUGAACAUAUCGACCGUGCAGUCAAAUGGCCUAAAAAAAAUAAGAACGCAAUAAAGACCUGA